UGCGUAUUAUUCUGCUGUACCAGGAAGUGGCAGAUCUAAGGAGCCGAAAUCCUAAUCUCUUUUGUGCCACUUUCACAAGUUUCUAGGACUUGAAGUUUGUUUGCAAUGGAAACCUUGGGAACAUAACCAAAAAGGGAAACUUCUAAGUUUAAACAUUUCGAGGAGAGUUUAAAUUGGAUCAUAUUGUUCGAGGACGAUGCAGUUUUAUCGCAGCAUUUUAAAUUGACUCUUUUCGGUACACCAACAGAUUACUGCCCGGAAAGUUUCGGCGUGGUCGUUCUUCUGCUUUCGCUAUCCUUAUCUAGUGCGUGGUGCAUAAUUGAUCAUUGGACUGCAUGUGCAUCCAUCCUGCAGAGCUCAGCUCAGAGACAGAUCAAAACAGAACCGCGUUUGAACACCGUGACUUGUUCUUAUAGUUGGUUAUUGUCUUUCAAUUAUGGCUAUCUGCAGUAGUUGAUCAGAUUGUUUCUGUUACUUUGUGUUGGAAUUUUUUUCUUUAACAAGAUCAUGUGUGACAUAUUCGGCGGGGAUACCCUGCCUUCAAAAGUACAGAGAUGGGGAGUAUUGUGGAAGAAACCUUUCAGUCAAAACGGAUCAACAAAAUGGGCAAAAAGGUUUUUCAUCAUAAAAGAAGGGUUUCUCUUGUACUACUCUGAGAGUGAGAAGCGAGACUUUGAGAGAAAGCAGCACUUCAACAUGCAUCCGAAGGGUGUGAUUCCGUUGGGUGGAGCCGUGAUAGAGAUGGUCAAUGACCCCACCAAGAUGUGUGCCUUCAGAAUCGUCCAUGAUGACCUCAAUGGUUCAAUAUUUCUGGCGACAGACACAGAGUACGACAGGGAGAAAUGGGUGGAUAUUAUGCGCAAGUCAGGAAGAAUAACAUGGAAGAAUGCGGAACUGGGCGAGUCCAUGAUCCAGACGCUGGAAAAACAAAGUCUGGAGCUGGCAAGGGACAGUCAAAGGUAUCGGGAACAGCUUCACUUGGAGGCACUGGCACUCAGGGACGAAAUGGACAAAUGUGAGGAGCUUGAGAAGAUUGCUAUUGAGCUGGAGGAGGAGAAGAUGAAGAUAGAGAACACAGCCAGAGAACUCUUAGAUGAACAUGAAAGGACAAAAAUGGAGUUGGAAGAGACAAUGAAUGCGAUGUCACAAGUGGCAAGUGAGAAAGAACAGCUGAGUCACGCAUCAGAGAGCUAUCUUGAAGGUAUCAAGGCUCUUGCAUUGGUGAGAGAACAGAAGGAGUUGGAGCUGCAGAGACGAGAGUCUGAGAUGCAUCAACUGAGCAGUGUGAACAAGACCCUGGUCUCAGAAACAAACGCCCUCAAGGACAACCUCAAAGACAUUGAGAACAAGACAAAUCUACUGGAGAAUGAGCUCUGCGUCAUUGAAGACAGGUUAAAGGAAAAGGAGGUUCAAGCAGAAAUCCUGGAAGAGGAAAAGAGGUCUUUCAACAUGCAAGCCAGAGAACUGGAGUCGUCAUUACAUGACUUGACCGUACAAAAGGAGUUAACCGAUGCAGAGCUGAAGGAAGAGAUUAUCGCCAGACGGGACGCUGAGAGGCGGCUCAAGAAGGCGGAGGACUCUCUCGGUAGGCUGGAGUCGGCGCUGAAGGAGGAGAAGUCGAUGGAGGGACCAGAGCCAAGGACAGAGAGACAGAGCGAGCUAGAUGUGGAGAUCUUCACCAAUGUGGCACAUCUCAAACGGUUCUUUGAAGACAUCGCGGCCGAGGCGCAGAUAGAUUCCAACAAGCCAAUCAUCAUGAAGAAUGCUCUUCAUGCUCGCAAGUCGCUCGUCCGCAAGACCAAAAGCUUCAAAUUCAGGAAGGAGAGGGAUCGCAACCAUGCUAGACACAGUUUUGCCUCAUUCCGUGUUGCAGACUCCCAGAAACUGGCCUCCGUCUCCUCCUUGCGGCACUCGGUCGCCAUCGGCAACCAGAUUAAUGACCACUUCGUCUUGGACCUGAACGGCCGGGAAGGCGAUGGGGACUCCAGUGACCCCUCCCGCCGCUCCCUUGACCUGGACGACCUCAUGCUGCUGUCGACGACCAGGGGUGGGCUGGCCAGCCCCCCUCACACCAUAAAGACGAGAAGCUUGAAGCAGAGCUAUGACAGCACAGGGAGUGGGGGUGGGGCAGAUGAUGAGAGUAGCUCGGUGUCUAGCAGCACAACGGACGGUCUUAACUCCCCUGUGCCUGGAGAGGUCGACGACCUACACGUUGCCUUUGAGCAGAAAAUAUGAAUCUAGAUCAUUACUUGAUCAAGUUAUAGAGUAUCUCUGAGGAUAGACUUUUAUUGCCCACCACUAUUGUUUAUUCAUAUUGUAUUACUGUCCAGACUUGUAUAUAAGACUACUCAUAUCAAGGGAAACAAGAGAAGUGACCUUUGUAGACAGGUGGUAUUCCAUAUAUUCAGGUUUAUAGAAGCCUGUGUAGGUAUACAGGCUUCAAUAAACCUGAAUAUAAAGACCAUUCUAGGGAAGUAAGAAGAUUGGCCUUUAUACAUAGGUGAUCUUCAUGAUUCAGGCGUCAGUAAACCUGAACGUGAAGGCCCCUCACGAAAAACCAUCAAAAUGGAGUAAGGUUAGCCAGAUUUGGACUACUUGAGUAACAACAUGUUAUACUUAGUCCAGUUUUACGAUACUUGCCCAUAAAUCCAUUGCAAGAUCCUUGUUUUAGGCCAGAGAAUGGGGAAAGUUAGAGGUGUAAUGGAUAUCAGCUGCUGUUAUCUGCAAUAUGCUGCAGGUUUUACAAGUACACGUGACUAAACAUUUUAUCAUCUAUAAAUAUUUCAUCGGCCUAUUAAAGUAUGUACAUGCAGUGUGUGUUGAUGUUUAAUUGCCUCGGACCACUUCUUUGUUUUGUUUAGUCAAAGUGCCUUAAUAUUCAUCAUGUAGCUAAGAGUGAAUCUACAAAGAUUAUUUAUAUUACAUUUGAUUGGUAUAGAAGUGUCUUACAUCACAGUAUACUAUUUAUAAUCCCAUUACUUUGGUUUUCAGUUGAUGAUAUUGAGUGCUCAUACUGGCAUUAAUUACCUGUAGAUAAGUUUUGUAUGUUUCGGAGGUUGUCUUUACCCUAGCCUUUGCACUAGGUGCCUUCUAUAUAGACAAUCACUAUCACAGUUUCCUGUGCCUUUUGCUUUUAAUAGAAGACACCAAUCUAGCCUUUAUCAUUUGUAUGUCACAAUCAACUGUAUGAACACGCUUAUGCAACCAUUUCAAAACAAUAUAAUUCCUGUUUUUCGGUUAAAACAUGUAGGCCAUAAAAGGCCAUUCAGGGGAUACUCAUACUGUAUAGAAAAUGGAGCAGAAAUAGGCAUAUUAUUAACAUUGAGUAAAUAUAUCCUCUGCACAGUUUUCCCAUAAUUUUGCAAUGUUGAAUUAAUUAUCUGCUGAAAGCUGGAGGGGAGUUACUUUCUAUUGACCUGGUAUCGUCUUUGUUCCCUUAUGGAAUUUCAAUGCACAUUAGUGAAACAGAAAUUGUCUCACUGCAAAAAAGACACUGAAACCAUGUUAUGUCAAUAGCUGUAAUGUCCUUUUGGCAGUGAGGUGAUGAAACACAGUAUUAUAUUCAGUAUACAGUAUAUAAAAGUGGAUGCAGUAAUACAGUAAUUAGGACAUGGGUUUUCUGAAGACUACUUUUAAGAAAAUAUCGCUUUUGUACUUGACCUCUUCUUGUAAUUUGUUACAUGUGUACACAGUUGAGAGAUCUACAUUGAUUUGUCCGAGUUGUUCAUAGGCCAUUGUGCAGAAGAUUUUCAGUGCAUGGUGCUGAAAUGCCUGUAGAGGCUUGAAAUCAUGAUAUUUUAAGUCUUUUAUCCACUUUUACCCAGUUACCGAGUAAAGAAAUGGUUAUCAUGAAUAUUGUAAGUAAUUAAAUGAAUGCAAUUAUUUAUAAUUUAUAAUUUUUAUAUAUUUAUCAAACAACUCAAAAUCUGAUCUUUUGAUAAUUAAUUCUAACAUAUAUCUAAUCACCUUUAUUAUGUGAUUCUUUAUCACAGCAUUUAAUCAUUUACUGGUACAUUUGAUAACACCAUCUUCAGGAUAUAUGGAUAUGGUGCUCCACAUUGAUUUUUUUUUUAUAGAUUUUGAUUUGAAAUAUGUAUUAUAUGUUCCUGCACUAGAAACAUGGAAUGUUCAAUUGAGAGAUAUUGAAAUGACUGAUGGUGUCAUGAAUGUAGUAUGUAAUUAUCUGCACCUGUACCAAUCUUUCUAAGAUCAUUUGUCUUUGUAACAAAAUGUAAUCCUUGUAUUUCAUCUGUCUUUCAAGUAUAUUUGAAUACUACUUUUUUAAUACUUUGUAGCAAAUGAUUUGGCGGGCAAGAUAGAUGUACAAGGUCAGUCUGGGGUCAUGCGAGGUCAGACAAGA